CUUCUCAGAAAAGGAGGCGGGUGUAGGGGCUGAGAGUGUAGCAUCCCAUGCCUCUGUAGCACUGACACUGCCUGCCGAGGGACCCCCUGUGAGCUUUGCAUCUGAGCCCUCCUCUGCCUCAUCUCCACACAGAGGAAGAAGAGAGGCAGAUUUUCCUGUGAAGCUCAGGCAGCUUAUUUUGCACAGGAAGCUGUAGCUGAAAAAAGAGAGGUCUUGGAAGACUGCAACAGAUCAGAAUGGAUGUGCUUAUGAAAGGCUUGUCCAAAGCAAAGGAAGGUGUGGUGGCUGCAGCCGAAAAGACUAAGCAAGGGGUAGCGGAGGCUGCAGAGAAAACCAAGGAAGGUGUCCUAUAUGUGGGAAGCAAAACCCGAGAUGGAGUGGUGCAAGGAGUGGCUUCAGUGGCUGAAAAGACCAAAGAGCAGGCAUCUCAGCUUGGGGGAGCCGUCAUGUCUGGGGCUGGCAACAUUGCUGCAGCUACUGGACUGGUGAAGAAGGAUGAGUUCCCUACAGACAUCAAGCCUGAAGAGGAGGCCCAGGAAGCCUUGGAAGAACCUGCAGCUGAGCCUCUCCUGGAACCUGAAGGAGAGAACUAUGAAGAGGCCCCACAGGACGAUUACCAGGAAUAUGAACCUGAAGCAUAACAACCCAAUAUUUCGGGCCCCUCCACCAGCAACAUCAGCACAAAGAUAGCUAUAAUGAAAAAAAAAGAUACAAAUAAAGUUUCCCUUUCCUAAGCCCCCCUUUCAAAAGAUGGAUGAAGCCCACCUCCCUUUUCUCCUAAGAAGUGACUUCUUCCUUCAGUUCACCUGCAGAGAACCUCAUGUGAAGUGAUUUUAUGUAUGGUAACCCUUAGCGUUGAGUCAUAGUCCAAGCAAAAAUGGAUGUUUAAAACAAAGAAAAAAAGAAUCCCUUGAUAAUGUAUGAAAAUCAUGAAUGCAUUGUUACUGUCUUUGCAGUCCUUUUGCCCCCAAGGAAUUAUUUCUGUUUCCCUCCCAGAGAAUAAUUGUUGGGGGUUCGGUGAAUUUUGUGUCUCAGAUUAAUUUUGUAAACUGUUUUUGUUUUUAUUUUUUGUUUAGAUGUAAUAGCUGACUCUGUGCCAGGGGGGCCUGCAACUCCCUGCAACCGACCCAGCUAAUACUGCAGCGUGUCUACCUACAUAAAAUAAGCAUGUUUUAUCUUUUUAUAUACAUAUGGUGCACAAACACCACCAAAAAAAAAAGACUUUUCCGUUUAACUACUCGUUUGCCCAAAGUGGGCAUUCGUGAAGUUUAAAGGAAAGCCAAAAAAAAAUUUAGCUGUGGAUGACUGACCUUUGACAUAGUUAAAUCAGUGUUAUAAUGUGAAAGUUCUCUCUUUUUUCGCUGUUGUUUUUUUUAUACAUAUAUACAUAUCUACAAAUAUAUAUCUGGUUUAACUUAUUUGUGACCGUUCUGUAAAGCGGAGAGAAAUCUGUGAGAAUCCAUACAGAAUCUUUUGAAUGUUCUUGUGUUCCAAAUAAUUUUGCAAAAUGAAUAAAAAAAGAUUAACCAAA